AUGAUUGAUCAAGUGGGAUUCAGAACCUUGUUCGAAGCUGAGCUUAGUGAUGGACUGGUGGGAGCAGUGAAGCAGCAGAUGAACAGAGUCUCAGAGAAGGUAGAGGAUGGCAGAGAAAUACAACUUCUUGCUAGACAGUAUCACUGUCACCUUGUUGCUCAGACUCUCAUUCAAGUUCGACUGUUUGACAAAAGAACUGAGUUUUUAUCCGCCAUAAGAACAGAUUCAAGCUUUUCUGCCAACAAUGGAAAAGUUCAAUUCACCCUGUCUGCCAUGACACUCUCUGUACCAAAUGAUCAUCGAACCUACAUCAUUCAUAUGGACAAAUCAGCAAUGCCAGCACCCUUCUCGACCCACCACAGCUGGUACAUGUCAACAAUUUCAUCGCUCUCAACAACUGAUGGCAAUGCUCUCCCCACGCAUCUCUACACCUACAAUCAUGUGAUCGAUGGCUUAAGUGCAGUUCUGUCACGAUCUCACCUCGGUUGGCUGGAGAAAGUGUCAGGUCAUCUUGCCACUUAUGAAGAGUCAUUUGGCCAGCUUCACACAACCCAUACACCUGAAUUUUAA